AAGAAGAAGCAGGAAGGCGCCUUUUGAGUGCGCAUGCGUUGCUAAUUUUUUCCCCCUUCGCAGCCUUUCGUUUUCCCUCUAAAAGAAAACAUCCUUCUGCUACGUGAGUGUAACUUUAUGGCCAGAUACAUGAGGCCUCCAAACACGUCUUUGUUUGUCAGGAACAUCUCUGAUGAGUCCAGAAAAUGUAAACGCGUCCAGUUGUGGAAACCGGCCACAAAGAGUUACAAAGACCCAUAUAGAGUAGCUGUAAAGACACACAGACCUGCAGGAUCAGAGGGAGGGAAAAGGUUGAAAAGAGAAAGUAAAGCAUGAAGAGGAAAAAGGGAACGGAGACAAAGCUUGGAUUUGGAUAUGGCGGCAAAGAAUGGGGAAAAGAAAAAGAGGUUUAAGAGGAGAAAGCAAGCAGGAAACCCCCGAGUCUCUGUGGGAGUCGGUUAAAGAGUGUAAAGAUCAAGAUGAAGUUCAAAGUCAAGCAUGGGCAAAGCAUAUUUGAGGACGUGCGUGAUGCCGAAGAUGCUCUUCACAGCCUGGACAGGAAGUGGGUCUGUGGUCGCCAGAUUGAAAUCCAGUUUGCACAGGGCGACAGGAAGACACCAAAUCAGAUGAAAUCAAAGGAGCGGCGUUCCCCAGGAAGAUCCUCCCGGUAUGACGACUACGAUCGAGACAGCCGGCGCCGGCGGUCACGCAGCCGCAGUUACGAAAGAUACAGGUCGCGCAGCCCGUCUUACGAUCGCCGCCGCAGACGUUCGGAGAGUCCUCGAGAGUCUCGUGGACGGGUGUAUGGAAGAGGAAGAAGCAGGAGCCGCGAGGAUGACAGAUACAAGCAGAGACCCCGGAGAGUCUCCAGAGAGCGAUCCCGCUCCAGAUCCGCAUCUCCACGAGAGAACAUCAAACCGCCGUCCACCUCCCGCUACGUUGAGGAAGAAGUCCGACAGACGCAUUCCCCGUCCCGCUCCAGGUCCCAGUCUGCGUCGAGAUCGCACUCUCGCUCACGUUCUCGGUCCCGGUCCUGGGCCGGGCGCAAGACAGGAGGACGCUAAAGCAGAACCCACUCCCCACCCCGUUCCCCCGGUUCUGUCAGACAGAGCAGAGCUGGUCGUUUUGUUAAGUAAAGGUGUUUGUUUGCCAUGAAUGUAACGUCCAUUUGUAGAAAGCUCGUUUUCGCUAUUCCAUUUUAAGAACAGCGCUGCAGCUCCUCGGCUUGGUUUUAUAAAGUUGUUCGGUGAUAUUUCUCUUUAGGAGCAAGAUUCAGCGGUUUCUGCGCUCAGCCUGACGGGAAGAAUAUCCAGUCUUUUUUAUAUAUACAACCAGUUACUGAUGAUUUUUGUUUUCUAAACCCUAUGCACCCACUUUUGCUAAACAAUCCCUGACAUUCAGUAUUCUAAGGAAGUAUUGAGUCUGUUGGUGAACCAAAUGCAUCUUUGUGUGUUUUAUAACUAAUCAUGUACUAGGUACUUAACUGUCAGCCAGUUUCACCGCUGUUUUUUAAAUUUACAUUUGUUUGACAGCGAUAAACCAUCACCAUGAGAUAAAUGUGUUCAAGGGUUUUUUUAAAGAUGUUUUAUGGAAGAAACCGAGAACUUCUUGAAAGAAAAGGAAUUAAAGCUGAUGGUGUGCGUCUGCAGUUUAGUCAAGUACAUGAGCUAAAACGCACAGAGGUGAUGCUGGGGUCCCUAAAGUGUUAAAGACGUCAACAACAAGCUGACCUAUACGGUCGUUUGUUUUCUCUUUGUGGUGUUUUCUGUAAGAGUUAAACCUUUUUUUUUUUUUCUGUUUUCCCCCCAAGUUGUUGUUUCUUUGAGGAGAAGCAGGUUUACUUGACGGUGUUUUUCAGAACAACUCGUGUCGCUGCAUGUUUUAUUCUUAUCUUCUAUCUUUAGUAGGGAAAAAAACUGUUAUUUUGAUUAAUAAAUGGUUAACUUUCGGUUAAAGAAAA